AUGGCGGUCAGCCAAAGUCUCGUCGGGGGCAGCGCCGCCGAGGGGAGCGAGCUCAUUGCGAAGACUGGGCUCGCUGGACAGCGGGCCAGUGCCGGGCAGGAGCGCAGCUUGGGCAUGAUCCAGGCUGCGGUAGCUGAGCUCGGACGGCCGCCCGCCGACCUGACUCGCCAGGGAGCCCUCGCGGAGCUCCUGGCCAAGCGCAGCUACACCGGCGAGAAGCUCGUGUACCCACACCUGCGUGUUGCGCCGAUGGGGUGGAAUCACGCCUUGUGGUGGUGCCAGCGAAUUCAUGAAUUCCAUGCCUUUCGGCAGCCCGGCGUGUCCCUCUCUAACAAGCUCUCGGAUAAGAAACCCGGGGUGCGUCUGGGCCGCUCGGGGUUUGCUCACACUGAAUACGUAGACAACUUCGCGGCCAUCGGGCGCCAGGCCAAGGAGGUCGACGCUGUGGCCGAUUCCGUUUUAGACGCCCUGACCGCCGCUGGGCUCAGCAUGCAUCCUCGUGAGAGCUCAGUCGGCGGGUCCGUCUUGGGAUGGGAAUUCAGUGACGAGUGCCCUCAGGUUCGUGUGAGCCCUCGCAGAGCGUGGGGACUCCGACUCGGCAUUGAGGGGCCCCUGGAGAAGGGCUUUGCUACAGGCAGGGACCUCGAGGCCAUCAUAGGACAUUUCACGUUCGCCGCUCGAAUUCGGCCAGAGGCCCUGCGUGUGUUCUCUGCUGCGUACGCCUUCAGUCAGCGGGGGGAGCUGGACUUAGCCGCGGCGGCCGGUCUGGACGACCUGGAUCGCGUCGGGACGGCUCGGCACCUGGAAGCCCUCGGCGAGGUGGAUCGGAGCGGGGCCGUCCCGGAGAUCGGGCCCGAAAUCCUUCAGGGAUCCUGGGCCACCGUUUCGGCCGGUCGCUGGAAGCGUCGGGAGGCGAUGCCCAUCUUGGAAGGGCGCGCUCUGGUCUGGGGGGUCCGGCAUGUGAGCCGGGGUUUAAGCGAGUUUGGCAAGCGGAUCCUUUUUCUGACCGACGGGUUGUCCGAGGUCCUGGCCCUUGAGAAGGGCCGAUCGUCGAGCGUGGCCCUGAUGAGAGUGUGCAGGCAGUGGGCGGCGACGGUGUUUGCGGCCGAUCUGUAUCCUCGGGUUCGGUGGAUUCGGUCUGAGUUGAAUGUGGCCGACGAGCCUUCUCGUCGCUAUCAGCCGAAGCCAUUUGGGCUCAAACCUGGGUGCUUUCGGCCUCCGCCAGGUCUGCCUGAGCCGGAUGACGACCGGCCUCCCGCGGCCACUCGCAGGUGCCCCGAUCCCGUCGGCCCCGUGGGAUGCGGCCCUGGCGACCGACAGCCUGGUGAGGCCGGGCGGGGCUGCGGAGCGGCGACCCGUCCAGGGCGAGCCGCCGACCCUGUGGCGAGCGGCGGCGCCGUCACAGGUUGGCGCGCGACCGCGCCCACCCCAUGGGCGGGCCCGGGCAAAGGCAGCGGCGAGACAAGCCAAGCCUCGGCCCGACGAGCUGGCCGCGAGGGGGAAGCGCGCCGCUGCCCGGCAAACGAAUUUCCCGUGGACAAGCGGGCGACAGUCAGCGAGGGCCUCUCGCUGCUCGAGAGGGAGAGCGCGGGCGACCACGACCAGCGGGUCUACCAGUCGGCGCUCGUGGAGUUCAGGAUCUUCUCCGAGACCCUGGGCCUGCGCCUCGAGACCGCUCAGGACUACGACGAGGCAGCCGUGGAGUGGACCUACCCCGCUGUCUUCGACGGCAGCGACGCGCUGGAGGGGACAAGGCUCAAGGCGCGGCUGCUGUACUACUACCCGCGGCUCCUGUCCGUGGCUGGGCUGCCCCAGUUCAGCCGGGCGCUGAGGGGGUGGAGGCGGCUGGGGUCGCCGCGGAGCCAGCUGCCGCUGCCGGGGGAGGUCGCCUGCGCGGUGGCACACAGGCUCGCGGCAAACCAGGACCUGCACGCCGCCCGCCUCGUCUUUGUGAGUUUCGUGUUCGGCCUGCAGCCCGCGGAGCUGGUGUCACUGACCGGGCGGCAAGUGGCGCCGCCGGCGCGGGCGGCCGGCCACGCCGCGUGGUCGCUCGUGCUGUUUCCGAUGGAGGAGGAGACGCCCAGCAAGGACGGCGCCUUCAACGAGAGCGUGCUGGGCGACCUGCCGUUCUGCCACCUCAUCGGGGACGUGCUGAAGCCGCUCGAGGCCGGCGUCGACGACAGGGACCUCGUGGCGCAGGUGCGGCACGUGCAGCUGGCGCAGGCGUUCGGCACGGCGGACCAGCGGCUCGGCCUCGAGGGCCCGCCGGGCCUGUACCAGCUGCGGCACGGCGGAGCGCCCGUCGACCUGGCCAGCUACCGCCGCAGCAUCGCGGAGGUGAGGGCUCGCAGCCGCUGGGCAAGCGACAGCUCGGUGACGGGGUACGGCAAUGGGGGCCGCGUCGCCGACCAGCUGAUCAAGUUGCCACCGCCGUUCCUCGACCACGCCAUCGUCCGCGCCAAGAAGAAUGGCGACAUCCUCUGCGAGCACUGCCGGCCCUUGCCGCCCGUGCGGGCGGGGCCGUAG